AAAAAAAAGGGAGGGGGGGCUGAGAGACAGUCGGAGACAUGAGUUUCACUCCACCCACAUCAAUCCAUGUCCAAUGUGAGGGGGCGGUGAAAGUUUAUAGCCUACUGUGCUAUCAACCAGCAUUAUUUAGUUGCCCAACUGAGAGGAGGAGUUCGGUUGAUCGCUGUUUGUCAUCUGGUAAUGCAGUCAGUUUUUGUCUGGAAAUAACACUUUUUUUAUAUUUUUGUGCACAGAGCAAGCCAGCUAGUUUUUGGAGGUCACACUGUAAAUUUCCUGACAGAUGGAGUCUGCAUUUUAGCCUGAGACUGCUGAUGUUUGACUGUCAAAAAAAACUCUACAAAAAGGGAAGUGAUACAAUUUUCAUCCUGCCGGAGCAACAAUGACUUCUCAUGUAAAACUCAGGAAAGAAAAAACGGGUACAGUGGACUAUGACAUACAAAUAAAAGAGGUGCGUUGCCAGCUUAUAGACCAACUGAAGGUGUUGGACUUGCAACUUGAGCAGAAAACACAGCAGCUGCAAGACCUGACAGAUUACCUGCGACGACGGGGUGAGAUUGAAAACGAGUAUGCUCGAUCCCUGGAAAAGCUUGCAGAGAGGUUUUCCUCAAAGACUAAAAGGAAGGACACUACCACUAACUCGGUGUCCCAGGUAUGGGUUGCUCUGCUGACCCAUACCCGUCAAGAGAGUAAAGAUCACAGUGAACUCAGUGAAAGCUGCAGCAACGUUCUUAUCCAGCCCCUCACAAACUGUCUGGAUUACACACAACGCCUUGCUAGGAAGAGCAAAGACAUCUGCACCCAGUUACAAGAUGGACUACUCAAGGUUACUGCAGAUCUACAGACAGCAUGGCGAACCUACCACCAGUACUACUCAGACUAUGUGUGUGCAGAGGGAAAGCUGAGGGAGGCAGAGAAGCAGGAGGAAAAACAAAAGCAGAGCGCUGCAAAGAAGCUGGAGAGGUUGAUAGAAAAAAGACAAAUUAAAGUUCAGGAGUUGCACCUUAAGUGCAGCAAGGCCAGAAAUGACUAUCUGUUAAACAUGGCUGCUGCCAACUCCUCCGUGAUGAAGUACUUCCUGAAGGACAUCUCUUUUCUCAUUGACUGUGCAGAUAUGGGAUACCACCUCUCUGUGGGCCGGGUGAUGCAAACCUACCUGUACAGGUGGGGGAAUACCCAGGAAAAAUUAGAAACUAGCCUGUUGCAGCUUCAGGAGACUGUGUCCAAACUGGACCAGAGCAAAGACAAAGAAAUUAUACUACAGGACCACUACAAUGCCUUCUCUGUUCCUGCCCGCUUCACCUAUCAGCCUCAAGAAGGAGACCAGGUUUCAGAAAUCAGUGUGGAGGGUGAGAUGUGUGGUGACAUUGAAACCCGAUUCAAGCAGAUACAAACCCGACUGAAAGCAGUCACAGAAGAAACAGAGGAGACUGGUAGGAGUAUGGUAAUGGUUCAUUCCACCCUGCUGGAGGGCAUCGGUGAUGAAGAUCUGGACCAAAGCAGUGGUCAUGGCCUCUCUCAGGAAGGCAGUACUGAAAAUCUGUCAGCAAAGUCCAGCAUGGCUAAACGCAGAGCCAACAUGCAGGAAACAGAAGGCCUGUACUUUACUAAAGUAAAGGAAUAUCUUGUUGGAAGCCUAUUAAUGUGUAAGCUGCAAGCCAAACAUGACCUGCUGAAACUGGCUGUGGAAAAAGCUGAAUCUCCGAAAGAACUCCAAGCAAGAACUGCUGGACAGAUGAUUUGCAUCAGAAAGACCCUUUCAAAUCCAAACGUGAUGCAAAAUUAUAAACCUUUCAGCAGUGACAUGCUGUCCUUCAUAAAAGUGUCAAAACAGCAGAUUCCUCUUGUGGUGAAAAGUUGCAUUCGUUUCAUCAACCUCAAUGGUCUCCACCAUGAAGGAAUUUUUAGAGUACCCGGAUCACAGAUGGAGGUCAACAACCUGAAAGAAGCUUUUGAGAGAGGAGAAGACCCCCUGGCUGAAGGGAGGUAUAAUAUGGAUACUGUAGCCGGCGUGUUGAAGCUAUACUUCAGAGGAAUGGAGAAUCCUCUUUUCCCCACUGAGACCACCUACAAGCUCCUGGAGCUUGCCGAAAUACAAAAUGAUGCAGAGAGAGCAGCACAGCUCAAGAUGGUCAUCUCUUCCUACCCUGAACCCAUCAUCAUUGUGAUGAGAUACCUCUUUGCGUUCCUUCAUCAUGUGUCCCAGUACAGUGACGAAAACAUGAUGCAGCCGUACAACUUAGCUGUAUGUUUUGGCCCCAAUCUGGUGCGAGGGCCCAAUGUGGACGACUUUGUAACUCUGCAGCCUAAGAUCAACUUCCUGGUGAAGAACCUCAUCAUUCAGCAAGAAAGUAUCUUUCCCAGUCAGAGUGAAGUACCGGGGCCAACUUAUGAGAAGUGCAUGACACUUGAACAAGAUGACUGUGAACCUAUUAAUGAGGAAGGGGAAGUAGAGGAUUCCACCCAGCUCAAAGAUGACUUGGAAAAGGGAUACUCCUCUGAUAAUGGCACUGGAGUUUUUUUGACACCUGGAAAUCCCAAAGAACGACCAAGAGCCAACAGCAGUGGAUCCGUAGAUGGCAGCAGGACAGCAGGGGGCGGAAGUUCCCUAGCUGGAAAAUUGUCUCUUCAAAUUCCCGUCGUGCCACAGUACAAACCCAGGAGGACUCCAUCCCCUACAAACAUACGAAAAGAAUUUCAUCAGGAUUUAUUUACCGAAAGGACAGCUCGUCCAGACAAGGUGGUUUGUAUUCAGAUGGACUCAGUCUUCAAGGAGCUUCUCUCACGGCGUCCACCGCUGGAACCAAAUCCCACUGUUUUCUCAGUUGCUACCAAGGCUCAACCGAAAAAAGGGAAGCGGGAUACCCGAAAGGCAAUGUGAGCCCAGCCUUUUAAGUAGCAGAUCCACCGGACUGAGAAGGCUGGCAUUAGCACAGGAUUUGAGCAGUGAAUGAGAGAGGUGCAGCAAAUGAAAAUUGAGGCUGUGACAGUGGAUUUCAGCACAUCUAUUUUAGUGAGGAACAAUUACUUACCCAUAGACACUCUUUGAUACUUCAGUGUCCAGUUUCGUGGGUCCUUCAGGAUGGUUUGCCUGGAAAUCUCCUUUGUCUGCCAUGAGAGUAGCUCUGCAGAAUGAAAUGUAUAAAUAUGUUUGUCUAAAUAUUUGUGAGCAUA